AUGUUUGAGAAGGUGACAGUUUACUGUCCCAUUCCGCAUGAAUUCCGACGUUAUCUCAGAGAAAUAUGUGGAGACAACAUUGUUCCGCUGGUAUGUCGGGCUCUUGAGGAGCUGAUCUUAGGCGACGAAGGGAUGAAAGAUGUCACCACCAUUGGUGACUUCGACAAGUACGCACGGCAGUUCAGGAAUGCCGACACGUCCUUCGAGGAGACUUCUCGUGAAGAGUUGCUGGCGACCCCUGACUCCGAUAUUCGCGUGCUUCGACAUUGCAAAGCAGGCGUGGAAGACACAUGGGACUUUGGCGUCGUUAGUGACCCUUCUUCCCGAGAAGAAGAUGGCCAUAACGGAUAUCACGUCUCAGUUGGCGUGCUCAUCAUGGUUCAAACCUUUGCUCUCCCAAUCUUGGAUCUCGCGACUAAUGGGCGAGUUACGCCGCAGCGUCUGUGGAGACUUGCGAUGCAUCAGGGUUGGUCUGAAGUGCCAUCGAAGCGCGGCGAUUACGGUUUUGCGGGUAUUGACUAUGGUGAGAUACAUCAUGAGCGGAAGAAGAACCCAUCGCCAGUGCCCUGGAUGAUUCCAGCGCAAGUUGUAGCUUUGGAGGAGCUGGGGGAUUUGGACGUGAUCAAGGAGGCGAUCGUUUGCCAAGGAGGGUUGUGGGUGUGGAUGGGUCCGGACAGAUUCCCGCUCGAUGGCACUCCUGGAGACGGUCUUAUAUUACCCGCCUUGUCAGAGUCACCCCUGCCAAAGGACAACAUAUCCACGGUCGAGAAGUUGCCUUUCGAGCUCCUCUGCGCGAUAGUCGCGGAAGGUUCGUUGUCUUCUUUUCUGUCUCUCGCGUCGACAUCCCGCACUAUGCACGCACUGCUUCUGGGAUCUGAAAGCGACAGGAACGCGGUAGCGUUUGCUUGGAUCUUCAAGAAUGCGCCGUGGUACAUCCCCAUCGAUAGUUCUGACGAAGAAAACCCGCGUUUCGAGAUGAGAAAAGUUUCUGGCAUGUGGGCCUACUUGCGCAGGUGCCGUUCGAGCGCGUCGAUGAGAAACAGGGAAAGAAUAUGGAGAGCUGCAGAGCAGAUUGAAGAGUUCGCGAAGAAAUGUGGGGUUUGAUCAAGCAGCGUGUCUGCUCUAUUACAUUAAUUUGCAUGUGAU